ACUGAAGCAACAGAGAAGCACCUCCCUCUCAGCGUAUUUUGAACAGAGGAAGCGUAGCCAAGGUAAUGAACACAACCUAGUGCUGCAAUUGCGCCGCUUGACUGAUUACUGACCGUUUCUUUACAACUUCUGACUGACAGCAACUACAACUGCAGAAGGAUGAAUUUAGGAGGAGGAAACCAGUGUGGACGUUGUAAGAAAACAGUCUACUUUGCAGAGGAGGUACUUUGUCAUGGUCAGAAAUUCCACAAAAGCUGCUUCCUGUGCCUGGUGUGCAGGAAGUGCUUAGACAGCACCACUCUUGCUGUCCAUCAGGAUGAAAUCUACUGCAAGUCAUGUUACGGCAAGAAGUACGGACCAAAGGGUUACGGUUAUGGCGUGGGGGCGGGGACUCUCAACAUGGACAAGGGAGAGGGUCAGGGUAUCGCCGCUGAAGAACCCAAGCCUCAUCAGCCGACCACCAACCCCAAUCCGUCUAAGACUCGAAAAUUCGGCGGGUCUGAGAAGUGCCCUCGCUGUGGCAAAGCGGUCUACGCAGCUGAGAAGAUCAUAGGAGCUGGCAGUGCAUGGCACAAGAUCGGUUGUUUCCGAUGUGCCGCAUGUGGGAAGGGUCUGGAGUCAACCACACUUGCCGACAGGGAUGGAGAAAUCUACUGCAAAGGGUGCUAUGCUAAAAACUUUGGUCCGAAAGGAUACGGAUAUGGAUCUGGGGCCGGAGCCCUGCAACUCACUCAGUAGACGUCCCUGACUCGAGCACAAUGACGGAUACACGGCCCAGCUACGACAUUAGCAAGGUCUGGACCUUCAAAUUAAAUCUUACACAAGAACUUCCUGAAAAUGAUGUAGUCGAAAUAAGUGUAUCCCAAUAACAGCAUUGUGAGCUAGCUGAAAUAAACGUAAGAUUGGGAAUGAUGGACAAAAUUCAAAAAUUCCUGAAUUCUAAAUUCAAGCCUGUGCUACAAUUAGCAAGUAUAGUCCGAUAGCGUCCUAAAUGCUCAACAUUAAUAAAGUAAAGAAUAAAAAUGUUUAUUUGUUGCAUUUUUUUUGAUAAAAAAU